GCAAUCUUAGGUGCGAAAAAUCUUAGUCCUAAGAUAUAGAAAGGUUCUUCGCUUCGUCUUCAAGAGCAAAGGGGUUUCGUUCGCCUUCUUUCUUUGUUCUACAAAUGGUACGGUGAAGAUGUUGUUCUUCUCUUAUUUCAAGGAUUUAGUGGGAAGAGAAGUGACGGUCGAACUGAAGAAUGAUCUCGCCAUUAGAGGAACUCUUCAUUCCGUCGAUCAAUACCUAAAUAUUAAGCUUGAGAACACGAGGGUUGUUGAUCAAGACAAGUAUCCUCACAUGCUUUCAGUGCGGAACUGCUUCAUCAGGGGAUCAGUUGUGAGGUAUGUGCAGCUUCCCCCAGAUGGAGUUGAUGUUGAUCUCCUUCAUGAUGCCACUAGGAGAGAAGCUCGUGGUGGUUGAUUAUUAUCUUCUUCCUCUUGGAUAAAUAGGGAGAAGAAUUUAAAUGGGGUGGUCUUGUGGUGAUAUUAUGCACUA